CAGGCCCAGCUUUUCUCAGUUUUCUGUCAUAUUUCUUUUGUACCCUUUGUUGCUUUGUAAUUUGGACUGCAUAUUCACAUUUACUCAGUUUUUUCAUAAUCUUAUGGUGUCAUGUAUGCCUUUUUGGUCAUUAGUUUUCACUUGAUUAGUUCAUUUUUUACUUUGCAAAAAUUGGUAGAGAUCAAAUUAUAUUGCAAUGAAGAGGGAAGGAAGCCGCUCUUCUUUAGUUUAUUCCAGGUUUUGCUGUUAUUGUUGAGUAUUUUCUUACCUACAGGACUUCUUUUUUCUAUUUUAAUGGAAUUUCUUGAAGAUGGUGCAUUCCCAGAAGUUCUAUAUAUAUUUUUUUUAGUAUAAAUAACUUUCUUAUAUAUAAUAUAGGCAGUAUCUGUUUUUAUGUGCGUCUGAGCUUCUUAUAAUUUAAUUUUACCUGUGAUUUAAUUUUAGUGUAUUCUGACCAUUAGGUAUUUUGUCCCUCGGAGAUAGCACAGAGUUGACCGGCCUGCAGCGGUCACCCAGUUCAGUCUAAGGUGAAGUUCACCUGUUAGUCACACUCCAGGACCCUGUGCCCUGCCUUUGUUGGCCUCUCUGGGGUUGGCUCUGAUGACAGACAUACAACUGUCACCAUCAAAUGCCAUUUUCAUUCCUCUUACUAAACUUUUCCUCUUCACAGAGACAAAAUUAUUUGAAUCCUAGCAUCUUUCACAAGAACACAGAACAUUGUCAGUCUUGGGCAGUGCUUGCCGUGUGGAUGCUGACAAGAAUUCUGUUGGAUUUAUCUCCACUCAAGCCUAAGGGGCCAGACAAAGAAAAUGGUGUACAAAUCAAGUUGCCAUGGCUGCCGUUGACAGUUUCUACCUCUUGUACAGGGAAAUUGCCAGGUCUUGCAAUUGCUACAUGGAAGCUCUGGCUUUGGUUGGCGCCUGGUAUACAGCCAGAAAAAGCAUCACUGUCGUCUGUGACUUUUACAGCCUGAUCAGACUGCAUUUUAUCCCUCGCCUGGGGAGCAGAGCAGACCUGAUCAAGCAGUAUGGAAGAUGGGCCAUUGUCAGUGGUGCGACCGAUGGGAUUGGAAAGGCCUAUGCUGAAGAGUUAGCAAGCCGAGGUCUCAAUAUUAUUCUAAUUAGCCGGAACAAAGAGAAGUUACAGAAUGUUGCUAAAGACAUAGCCGACACCUACAGAGUGGAAACGGAUGUAAUAGUUGCAGACUUCAGCAGAGGCCGGGAGAUCUACGAUCUGAUUCAAGAAGCUUUGAAAGACAAAGACAUUGGGAUCUUGGUAAAUAAUGUAGGCGUCUCUUACCCCUACCCCCAGUAUUUCACUCAGGUCUCUGAGGACAAGCUCUGGGACAUCAUAAACGUGAACAUUGCCGCUGCUAGUUUGAUGGUCCACAUAGUGUUACCGGGAAUGGUGGAGAGAAAGAAAGGUGCCAUCGUCACAAUCUCUUCCGGCUCCUGCUGCAAACCCACUCCUCAGCUGGCUGCGUUUUCUGCUUCUAAGGCUUAUUUAGACCACUUCAGCAGAGCACUGCAGUAUGAGUACGCUUCUAAAGGAAUCUUCGUACAGAGUCUGAUCCCAUUCUGCGUCGCGACCAAUACGACUGCUCCUCGAAGCUUUCUGCACAGAUGCUCGUGGCUGGUGCCUUCGCCCAAAGUAUAUGCACAUCACGCUGUUUCUACGCUGGGAAUUUCCAAAAGAACCACGGGGUACUGGUCCCACUCUAUUCAGUUUCUUUUCGCACAGUAUAUGCCUGAAUGGCUGUGGGUGUGGGGAGCAAAUAUUCUCAACCGCUCAUUACGAAAGGAGGCCUUAUCCGGCACGGCGUGAAUCAGGAUGAUCGGUGAAGUUUUGCCAACUCGGGGUAACCUGCAGCGUUCUGAUAUUUGGAGAAGGACACUUAAUUUAUCGUGUGUGUUUUCUUUUGUGACUGACUGUCUAGCAUCCUGUCGAUUCAUCAUCUGUAAGGCAGACUUCGAGAGUGCUGUGACCUCUAGGGCCCCCUGGGCGGCACACAGUCAGGAAGUGACUGAAGCAUAAAGAACUGAUGGGAGAAACCUAAAUGUCAGUGCUUUUUACCUAAGCUGUUCAACAUUUGUAUAAUUUUUGUUGUUCUAGGAGCCACAGUGAUCUAGCACUUAGGGUUUGAUUUGUCAGCUCUUACAAUUUCAGAUGUUGUUUUGUGAGAGAAAUUACCUAUUUCCCUUUAUAGGUGACUCCUAGCCUUGGUUUUUAAGUGUUGAUCAGGAAAACUACUAGAAAGUACGCCUUUGUAACUGAGAGUGCGGUGGUGGCGUGGUAGAAGUCUGUGUCCUGCUGCGCACCUCCCCGUUUCGGUGUGCGUGUGGAGAUGCUGCUCUUUGCUGAGCCUUCCCUAGAGAACCAUGCGUGCUGUGUACUGUGUGCUGUGUGCUGUGUGCGUCUGAGGAAUUUUGCGUGUGCUUAAAUUACUUUAAAAGAGACUUGUCAAGGCGACAUGGAACGUUAUGGGGUAUUAACAGUCUAGAUUAUUCGUCCUCACACUGAGCAAGCCUGCCUGCUUCUGUGAUGUAGGUUUGCUGUGUCUAGCACUGCUUCCUCAAGCUGUUUUUGUUUUUUCAACUCUGUGGAACGCCAUCCUCGAUUUGGAUAUGUAAUGGGUAGCCCUCAGUCCUCCUUUGAUUUGUAAGAUAAUGUUGUGAAUAAGUAGUGAUUUCUCAGCCAAGUAUCCAUUUUUUAACUGAAAUUGAGCCCUGUAGAACUUGUUAAUCUGGUUUUCAUAGUUUUCUAUAUAAUACCGCAUUCCAGUAGCAUUCUUGAUGUAUUUAUGAAGAGUGGUUAAAAUAUUGACAAAUUAUGUGUAUGAUCUAUCUGUUGAAAUCAUAAGUUAGAAGCUCAUUUUUGGCUGUGUAAGGAGCUUACACAUUAUAGUGAACACUUUUAUGGAUGUGUAGGUAAUUAUGCACAACCCCCACAAUACGGAUUAGCACUGAAACCUGCUGUGAAAUAUCUUUAAUUCAGAUCCUAUAAACUCACUCAUUUUUGAGGGCCACAUGCCUAGCACUUUGAAAACUUCAAGUCACUAUAAGAAUGUGGCAGUGUGUAUAAAUUUAAAAGUAAGAACUUAAUAUUGUGACAUGAUGGAGAAGGAAGUAGGUUGGAAGUCAGGACUGACUGUUUUCUUAUGAAGGAUACUCCGCUGUAAGCAAGCCUGAUCCCGCUUUUGUGUUAAGCACACAGCUUCGCCCGUGAUGACACUGCCUGCAGCAUUUCUGACUGUGACUUGGACUCAGAAGAUCAGUGUUAAAUUCCAAAGCUCUUUCACUCCUCAAUCCUGUCUUCCGAAUGUGAGCUACGGAAAACUGCCCGCUCGGAGAGACUGUGUAACAGCACAGGUUUGCAGGGAGGUAACUCAGAAUCCUCCUGAUUUCCUGCCACACUGAUGUAAACUUGGAUGGAUGUGUAAUAAACAGCAGCAGCUUUAUGUAAACACAUCGUCAGUUGCCAGGAAGGUGGUGUGUUGCUCUGUAAUGCGAACAAGUAAACACAUUGUCAGUGAGGGUUUAAAUCUCCCUUGGCGGGACCCACUGAACAUGCUCAUUGGUGUGGCUGUGGUGCAUGGCUGUCUGAAGCUUCAGUGAAAGACCAAGACCAGGAAUUUCCUUAGGUUUUCUAGCUUUUAUAAAAUAUUUUUGUCCCCAAAGCUCCAUGAGUUAAUUACACCAUGAUGGAUAGGGUUGCUUAUUUAAAAAACGUGGUAGUGGGGCCGGGGAUAUAGCUCAGCGGUAUAGCGCCUGCGUAGCAAGCACAAGGUGCUGAGUUUGAUUCCUGGCACCAAAAAGAAAAAGAAAAAAAAGGCGGGAAAUCUGAAUAUUUGAAAUGUAAUCUGCGAGUUGAAAACGUAACAAUAAAAGCAGUUGCUUCUUUCCUCUGAAAGAGGUUUUGCUGCAAAUGUUUGCAAGCUGGUUGUUUGGAGAGAGGGUCUUUUAUUUUCCUUGUACAAAUGAUGACUAAAAGUUACCCUGUGAACACUGUGGUUGUAAUUCAUUAAAAGCUGAUGCUGA